AUGCAAGUGCUGAAUCUGGUACAUGACUUUGAGUUGCAGAAGAUGAAGCAGACCGAAUCCAUUAAAGAGUAUUCUGACAGGUUGCUUAACAUUGCAAGCCGAGUCAGACUACUCUACUCUUCUCUACCAGAAUCAAGAAUUGUUGAAAAAAUCCUUGUAACGAUGCCUGAAAAAUUUGAUGCCAUGAUUACAUCCUUAGAAAACACUAAGGCUAUGUCAAAAAUCACUCUGGCAGAACUGUUGAAUGCUUUACAAGCGCAUGAGCAAAGAAGAGCUAUGAGGCAGGAAGGUGAAAUUGAAGGAGCCUUACCUGCAAAACAUCAUGAAGCUGACAAAAACAAGAAGAAAAAGCAGAAAAGCCAAGAGGGAAAUUCGGUCUUCCCUGCUUCGAGUAGCAACAAAAGCAGAAAUGGAAAUUUCAAGGUGAUAUGCAGGAAUAAAAAUCAGGUGCAGGAAGCAGAUGCUCAAGUUGCAGACCAAGAAGAGGAGGAUCAAUUGUUUGUAGCCACUUGCUUCUCAAGCAGAGAAUCAAAUGUGAGUUGGCUGAUAGAUAGUGGUUGUACAAACCACAUGACUCACGAUCGAAGUCUUUUCAAAGAGUUGAAGCCCACGGCAAUCACAAAGGUCAGUAUAGGGAAUGGUAACCAUAUUCCGGUGAAGGGAAAGGAAACCAUUGUCAUCUCAACAAAUUCAGGUACGAAGUCAAUUUCAGAUGUUCUCUUUAUACCUGAUAUUGACCAAAAUUUGUUGAGUGUUGGUCAGCUCAUUGAACAAGGAUUCAAGGUGUUUUUGAAGAUAAACUUUGCCUCAUACAAGAUGCAAAUGGAAAGGAAAUCGUCGAAGCAAAAAUGA